AUGAAAAUCGAACUGCCGCUGGCCGCCCGUCAAAGUAACCGACGAGGGAGUUCGCAUGGUGAAGAGACGGCAGAUGAUCGUCAAUGGCAGAUGAUCGUCAAUGUCGUCAAAUGCGGCUUUUGUAAAAUGGAUUUACGUAAAGGAGCGGAGAAUCCACGAUACGCAGUGAAUAAUACAAUCGUUGGAUUUAACACCUCUCAGGAAAAACAUCGAAACACAAUAAACGAAUAUCAUCCAGAAUCUUCAGAUCGUAUAAAAUGCAUAAAGAAAGUUUUUGAAGAUUCAAAUUUAUUGGAGAAAUGUAAAGUUCUUACGGAUUUUCCAGAAUUGGACACAAGAAAAUUGCACGAAAUUCAUACAAAAGAAUAUAUCGAAAAACUGCAGAUUGUAAAACAUCUUGAGCAAACUGAAAUAAAUUCCUUUUGCUCUGAAUUCGAUUCAGUGUUUAUGACACAGGAAACAGUCGAAGCUGCCAAAGAAGGAGUUGCCUGCGUACGGGAAUUAGCAUAUCAAAUCGCAAUAGGUGAAGCAACAAAUGGCUUUGCCGUUGUUAGGCCACCAGGACAUCAUGCAGACGAAAAAGAAGCUUGUGGGUUCUGCAUUUUCAACAAUGUUGCACAAGCUGCAUCAGUCGCAUUGGAAUGUGGAGCAAAAAGAGUUUUAAUUGUCGAUCUUGAUGUACACCACGGACAAGGAACCCAACGAAUAUUCUAUGAAGACAAGCGUGUGCUUUACUUCUCAAUCCAUCGAUACCAACAUGGAACUUAUUGGCCCCAUUUACCGGAAUCUGAUUUCGAUCAUAUUGGAAAGGACGAAGGUCUCUAUUACAAUGCAAAUGUGCCGUUGAAUGAAACUGGAUGUGGAGAUUCUGAUUAUUUGGCUAUUUUCUUCAAUGUUCUUCUCCCAAUGGCAAUUCAAUUUAAUCCACACUUUGUCAUUGUGUCUGCUGGAUUCGAUUCCCUUCAAGGAGAUCCGAUUGGACAAAUGAACCUUACUCCAGAUGGUUAUUCACAUCUUAUUCAUCAUCUAAAACUUUUAGCACAAGGAAGAUUAUUAUUAGUUCUUGAGGGAGGAUACAAUCACGAAGUCAGUGCAGUUGCUGCUCAUCGUUGUUUGCGGGUCCUACUUGGAAAAUCACCAUAUCCGAUCGAUGUUUCCAAUCCACCAAAGAAAUCGGUCAUUAACUCUUGUCUUUCUUCGAUCUCAGUUCUUCAAAACAUCGACUUAGAAACCCGGAUUUAUAUUAAUGGUGGUCAUGAAAACCAUUUUGAUGAUGAUGAUGAUGAUCACCCUGAGAAUCCUGAACGAAUUCCACGCAUUAUACGUCAACUGCAGAAAUCCGAACUAAUUCAUUGCUGUACCGAAGUGAACUGCGACAGAGUUGCAACAGACAAUGAAAUAUUACUCGUGCACACGCAAGAAAUGCUUGAAAAUCUAAAGAGAACUAAAUUUAUGAGCAAAGAGCAACUCGGAGAGCAAAUGCGCGAUCAUGAUUCGAUAUUCUUCACAAAUGAGACAUUCGACGUGGCAACAAAAACCGUUGGAACCGUUUUGCAGAACCCGUUGACCAAGUUUCCGUAUUACAAUUCAUUGAGACUAUUCGAUUAA